CGCAUCGCCCGUCUCGCCCAUGCCUACGCGGCUUAGGCCUUUGCCCGCGUACGUCCACUCGCCGCUGCCCGCGAGCCCCGCGCCAUCGCCGGCUUCCUCGCAUGCGUGUGCUCCUGCCUUUCCUAGGCCCUCUAGGCUGAGGCCUUCAUCCGCGUGUGCUCCUUGCGCGCACCCCGUGUUCCCCGUCACUUUGCCGCCAAGCGCCAACGCAUCCCAAUCAACCUCUGUCGCUUGCUCGCCCACCGUGCACCCGCGUACACCGUCUUGCCCGUUCGACCAUUUGCGCGCAUCAAGGCACAAUGCGCGUUCCUUGCUCGUGCUCGCACCCCUGUCGUCGACCGACUCCAAGUGCUCGCCCGAUGGCCAUGGGUCCCAACCAUCCAACCCAAUACAAUCUCCUGCUCGCCAAAUCCAACCAUCCUCCAUUCUCUGCCUACCUCUCCUUCGAGCCUCAAUCUUCCAAACUCACCUUUUCCUCGCACAAGGCUUGCACCAAAACUUCCCUUUUUUAUCCUUUGCCUUGUGUUUCCUUUGGGCUUGCUUGGCCUUGCGUUUCCGAGCCUUCACCUUGAACUUCAGACCACAUUCUUUUGGCCAGUCUCGUACACAUGAUGGCCGGUGUAUUGGACUUGUCGACUUCUCUAGCAUGUUCUCUAACCAUAUGUUGAGAUCAUCGCCACCUUCAUCCUCCGACUCGUCUGGGUUGAUGACCACUUCCGUAUUAUUUCACUCCUCUUCAAGACUUUCCUUGUCCUCAAGGAUUAGAAAAUUUAGAGCACCUUCAUCUUCAUGGUCUCUCGCGCGCCCUUCACACGCGCACGCUGUUGCGCGCGCUUUACUCCUACCGUGUCCCGCCUGCGCGUGCACACCCGCGCCCAGCACUCCUACGCCUGCUAGGUCGCGGUCCGCUCCUGCCAGCGCAUCGCCUGUCUCGCCCAUGCCUACGCAGCUUAGGCCUUUGCCCGCGUACGUCCACUCGCCGCUGUCUGCGAGCCCCGCACCAUCGUCGGCUUCCUCGCAUGCGUGUGCUACCGUCUUUCCUAGGCCCCCUAGGCCGAGGCCUUCAUGCGCGUGUGCUCCUUUCGUGCACUCUGUGGUCCCCGUCACUUUGCCGCCAAACGCCAACGCAUUCCAAUCAACCUUUGUCGCUUGCUCGCCCACCGUGCACCCGCGUACACCGUCUUGCCCGUUCGACCAUUUGUGCACAUCAAGGCACGAUGCGCGUUCCUUGCUCGUGCUCGCACCCCUGUCGCCGACCGACUCCAAGUGCUCACCCGAUGGCUAUGGGUCCCAACCAUCCAACCCAAUACAAUCUUCUGCUUGCCAAAUCCAACCAUCCUCCAUUUUCUGCCUACCUCUCUUUCGAGACUCCAUCUUCCAAACUCACCUUUUCCUCGCACAAGGCUUGCACCAACACUUCCCUUAUUUAGCCUUUGCCUUGUGUUUCCUUCGGGCUUGCUUUGUCUUGCGUUUCCGAGCCUUCACCUUUAACUUCGGACCAGAUCCUUUUGGCCAGUCUCGUACACAUGAUGGCCGGUAUAUUGGACUUGUCGGCUCCUCUAGCAUGUUCUCCAACCACAUGUUGAGAUCAUCGAAACCUUCAUCCUCCGACUCGCCUGGGUUGAUGACCACUUCC